CGGCGGAGAUGGGCUAAAGGUGACACCGCGGCUACCCCGAGCUUAGAGAGGAGCCGGAUCUAUCCUAAACCCUACUACUCCCGCCGCCGGCCACCCAUCACUCGCCGCCGCCGCCAGCCCGCCAUGGGGAGCCGGCUUGGCCGCCGCGUGAUCCACUUCGCCAAUCUCCCCCUCAAGCUCAUGCUCCCCCCCGCGCCGCUCUCCUCCGUCCAGGAGUUCGCCGUCAAGACCGUCCCCUCCGCCUCCAAGGUCGACAUCCGCCGCUGCCUCGAGUCGAUGUACGGCUUCUCCGUCGCCGAGGUCCGCACCCUCAACAUGGAGGGCAAGAAGCUCCGCCGGGGCCCCUUCCUCGCAGCCAAGCCGGACUACAAGAAGGCCUACGUCACCCUCCGCGCCCCGCUCGCGGUCUCGCCCGACCUCUUCCCCAUCGGGGUGGUCCUCGGCGAGAGGGAGCGCAAGGCCACCGCCGCCGCCGCGAGGAGGAAGGCGGUGGAGGGCGCGGAGGCGGAAGGGGAGGGCAAGGGGAAGCACUGGAUGGAGGAUGAGAACGUGGGCUUCUCCAGGGCCGGCCGCGGCAAGGUGGUGUAUGGGAACCCCGGGAGGCUGGGGAAGAAGAGGACGGGAGCUUCCAGGGCGAAAGAUGAAGCCGGAGAGAAGGGUGAGAAGUUCCCAUGGAGCGGGAUGCGUCUUGCUACCGAGAAGAAACCUACUAGCAGGAAACAACACUAUGCUCCCAAGAAGAAGGGCAUAGCCUUGAAGCAUAAGUCCCGGAAGGGAUCGGUGCAGUGGCGACCGAAGAAGGUGGAAGCUUAAAUCGUGAGUUGAAGUACUGCAUUUCAACCAUGAAUGCACUGCGCCACAAAGAAUGACGCGAGUGAUAGAUCCAUGAAUGCACUGCAAGAAUAGCCUUAUUUUCAUUCACAGAAAAAAGAAGCAAUAUUAUGACUUUAGUUCCUUUGAUAUCACUCGGGCUUGGUUUGCUGACACAUAAGGCCAGGAUGGUGCUUGGCAGUCGUUUACGCCAACCUUAACUGAUGUCGUUAGAUUAACUUUCUUUGAGAUGUCUUUUGUUAUCAUCUCACAACUGAACGACAACUCAUGCUGCCUCAUUUUCUUUGUAAGUUUGUUCUUUUCAACUACAUGUACCUAUUAUUUCCCGUGCAUUGGUAUCAUUUGCUGUUUAUGAGGAUCAUGCAUUCUUGGAAGUUGCAAGCUGUUCAUGUGAUGAUGUGAAUCCAUUUGGCAGAAAGUUA